AUGACCGAUGUUAGUCCGAUUGCUAAAACUUCAAAAGUACAAGAAUUUGCAGUUGAAAAGUUAUAUCAUGAAAUAUGUUAUAGAAAGGCCUCUAGACGUGUCGCGUGGUCUCCUCAAAAUUUGAUAGCGUGGUCGCCUAUUAAUAAGGAUGCAUUUGAUACUCGGAUCAACUUGGGCAUUGGUGUUGAGGAACAUCACAAGAAUGAAAUCACUGAUCUAGUAUGGAAUCAAACCGGCUCUGCGUUGGCUUCAAUUGAUCAAAGAGGUAAAAUUGCUUUAUGGAUGAUGGAAAAUUUUGUAAAUCAAUGGGAUUGUAAAUAUAAUGUUGAUCUGGGUGGAAAUAUUGUCGAAUUCGCAUGGCUUGAUUAUGUUCGGGUGUAUUCCCGUGUAUCUGGCUCAACAUAUAAGCGGGGUGCAUUUAAAGGUCCGCGAAAUCAAUUUGGAGAGCUCGCAUUUCUAACAGUCACUUCAGAUGGCAAGGUUUACGUCUGUUAUCAAGAUGGAAAGAAGAAUUUUUCAAAAAUUAGUUCAGAAUUGCCAUUCAUAUCUGGUCGUAUAUCACGCAUAUCACAUGCAGACAUAAUACUUGAUCAAGAUGGCCGUUACAUUUUGGCUAUACAUUGUCCAGAAUAUUGUCCAAAGAUUGUAAUGUUUUAUGAAAUCUUUGUUGAUAUGCUCAAAUUGCAUAUUAAUUGUCAACCAAUCGCAGAUAUAUACCUCACCGCUCAUAUAAACGAUUCAUCGUUUACUAUCGAUAGGGCUCAAGCUCCUAUUAUACAUUUAAAGUUACUAUUAGAUUCUCAGGAAAAUGUAAUUCGAUUGAUAAUCGUCACAGCUGACAAAGCUGAUAACGGGGAAGAUGACAAUGUUUUUAACAGUGAUGUG